UUUGCCCAUUUUUCUUGAUGUGCUUGGCUUUAGAAUUGCCUUGGCAAUGGUGAAAGCAAUGAUUCUUUAUCUCUCUUUGCUGAUAGAGGAUGCUCAAAACCUCGCCAAAGCUCUCAAAGAACACAUCUUUGUUGUUCUCAUUGCUCCAGGCUGUGGUUUGGAUCCUCUUGCUCCAUUGAGGCAAAUCAUCAAAUAGCUUGUGUGCACGUCCAGAAGCUUGGAUUCCAAAUUGCUCGUUUGCAGUACAAGUGGUUGGUGGAUGCUUAAAGUUUAUUGCCCUAUUUGUCUAUUAUAAACUCUAGGAUGCUGAAGUUUUGUGGGAAUGUAGAUAAGAUCAGUUUCAAAAUCAAAAUUUUGGUUUAUUGGAAGUUCAUAACGCACAUGCCCGAUGGUCGUUUAUUUGAUGCUGCUCCUUUUCUUGAUGUGGCCUUAAGUAUUGUUCGGCAUAUCAGCAAAUUCAGUGUUGUUAAUUCGCAAAUUAAUGCAUUUCCAGUAGAGAAGGAACAUGUUGUUGAAAUUGGCAUGGAUAACAGAGAAAUAGGAUGCAUAAUCAAUCACAUCGCUUGUGAGUGCUCUUUUUUCCAAAUUGAAUGCCAGAUAAUGUUUAAUGUCUGCAAGCAACGUUCUUCCCAUUCUACAACAAUGGCAGUUUUGGAAUCAGUGGAGAAAUAUUCAUGGGGUAUGAAGGCUGUGAUUGUGCUUGUGGCAUUCGCAAUGAGCUAUGGACAGUUUUGGCUUGUCAUACAACUAUAUGAUGAUAAUCCUCUUGCAUUAUGCUUGGCAAUGCUGAAAGGAAUACCAAACAAGACAGAAUUAUCAAGUGUCUUCGAGAAUUGUUCUAAACCUCUGACCUAUCUGUUUGAGAAAAUGGUUGAUUUGACAAAAUGCAUGCUUGACUUUGAAAUUCUUCCUGUGCAAUACACAGGCAUAGAUUAUGAGGCAACGGCUUUGAUGAAGACUCAGAUCCAUCUAUCUUCUUAUUGGGUAAUGAGAAGUGCUGUUGCAUGUACUUCCCAGAUCACUAGCACAAUCUACGAGCAAGUGCACAAAAAUUCUGUAAGUUCAGUUUGGGAGCUUUGGAGCUUGGCACAUAGAAUCAGCUGUAUACAUUAUCAUCUGAAAAAGGAGUUUGAUUCCUUCCAACUGAAAAUAGAGAAGAAGAUAAAAAUGAAUCUCAUUCAUCUUCUUGGAGAAGUACAUGAUGAUAACCAAAAAGUUCUAAGCUCAUUAUUUGCUUUGAAGAAGGAUUUUCCACUCAAAAGUGGUUCGUCAAAAGAUAAGGUUGGUGUCGAUGUUCUCAGAAACAAGGAGGUUAUUCUCUUCAUCUCAAGGCCAGACAUAAGUCUGGAGAAAAUUCUAUUUAUUCUGCAGCAACUGCAAUAUGAUUCUUGGCGUGAGAAUAGAGCAUAUGAUAUUGUUUGGGUUCCAAUUGCAAAGGUCAUUCCAUGGUCUCAUAGAGAAAAAAACAUUUUCAUCAUUAGUAGAGUUGUGGCCAUGGUACCUACUAUAUGAACCCACAGCACUUAGCCUCUCUGUGAUCGAAUUUAUCAAAGAUGUGUGGCAAUUCCAUGGUGACCCUGUAAUGGUUGUCUUGGAUUUCAAAGGGAAGGUUACCUCUUUGAAUGCCAUUGAUAUGAUAUCUAUAUGGCAUGAUUUGGCAUAUCCAUUUUCAGUUGCUCGAGAAAAGGAGCUUUGGGUGGAACAGAGUUGGACGAUGGAGCUUCUGAUUGAUAACAUUGAUCCUCUCAUAAUGUAUUGGAUGGAUCAAAGAAAAAAAUCAUCUGUCUGCAUGGAAGCAGUAACAUCAAUUGGAUUCGAGAACUUACAAAAGAAAAUGAAAAGCAAUCACUAAUGCCGGUGUUCAAGUAGAGUUGAUAUAUGUUGGAUGCAAAGACAUGGAGAUUACCAAAGA